AUGUCUGAGGGCUACAGCAUAACAAAUAUCAACGGUGAUCUGUAUGUCGCUUAUCCAGAUGGUCGAUUGUACAGUCCUUUCGGAGAAGAAGGCAACUGCACACUCUCGGUAUGCCCUGUGGUACUCAGUGUCUAUGGCUACAGACCCGAGCUCGCAGCAUCGAUAGCCCUUAUCGCCCUCUACAGUAUCUGCGCCAUCGUCCAGAUCGCCCUCGGUAUUCGUUACAAGACAUGGGGCUUCAUGGCUGCCAUGCUCCUUGGUUGCGUCGACGAGAUACUCGGCUACGUGGGCCGUAUCCUACUAUGGCAGAACCCAUGGGGCGAGACCGGUUUCAUUAUGCAGAUCGUCCUCAUCACCAUGGGACCUGUCUUCUUCUGCGCAGCGAUCUAUGUCAUGAUCUCCAAAAUUAUCACUUACAUAUCCCCUGAACACUCCCGCGUCAAUCCAAAAUGGUUCUACUGGUUCUUCAUCAAUGUCGAUGUGAUCUCUCUCAUCCUACAAGCAGUCGGUGGUGCCAUGUCAAGCAUGUCCAACGGCGAGUCCUCAGCUGGCGUCAACAUUGCCCUCGCCGGUCUGGCCUUCCAAGUCGCAACGCUUGCACUCUUCGUGGCCGUCGUCGCCGACUACGCAUAUCGCAGCCGAAGUGUCUGGAUGAGCCACAACCUGACAAUACGCUUCAAGGUCUUCUGCAGCUUCCUCGGUCUCGCUACCCUGCUGAUCUGGGUGCGAUGCUGCUACAGAGUCUAUGAGCUGAGUGAAGGCUAUAGCCAGGAGAGCGAGGCACUCCGAGACGAGCCGCUGUUCAUCGCACUCGAGAGCGUGAUGGUUGUGGUCGCGGCUUGCUGUUUGAUAGUCGCACAUCCUGGUCCGGUCUUCCAGCGGCAAGGGUCUAACGGUGUCUCGGGCUUGGGUCCUGCAGCACAAGAGAAGGCACUAGGAGAACAGGCGGUCAAGUCAACCACAGAAUCUGGCAGUGAGUCUGAUUAG